AUGCAAGCAUAUGCAGCUGGACUUGUUGAAGGUUUAUUAACAAAAGUACAAAUUCACUAUCAUUAUUUAAAUACCGUUAGCCAAUUAUGUAAAAAUGCUAAAGAAUAUUGUUUAAAAUUAUUUAACUAUCUUAAGUUGAAUUUAGAAUGGAUUGAAUCACAGGUUAUGUCAAACCCUCCAACAGAUUUAUAUUGGCGCCAUGUUAAUUUAACAUAUACCCAACUUACUGGAAUUCAAGAUGGUUAUGGCCCAGAAAAACAAUUUUAUCUUUCAAGAGUUAGAUUUGCAAUUACUCCAAUUUUAAAAAUACAAAUGGCCGGAGAUUUUUUUGAUUUGGAUAGAGUUUUUAAAAAACCUAAAACUAAUUAUUCCUCAAAUAGUCAUUGCUCUGGAUUUGUUAAAGUACUUGAAGGAAAUAAAGAUAUAUUAAUAUCUCAUGUAACCAUGCUUGGAUAUAAAUCUAUGAAUAGAAUCUUAAAAUUAUAUAAAUUGGCUUAUGAUCCAAAAGAAGUGCCGGGACAUACAAUUUCAAUUUCUAGCUAUCCACGUUCAGUAACUUCUCAAGACGAUUUUUCACUGACAAGUGGUGGAUUGGGAAUUUUAGAGACAACAAUCACCCUUUCAGACGAAUCUAUUUAUUCAAAUAUAAACCCAAUUGGCCAACUUAGUUGUUGGCUUCGUUCUUUUAUUGCUAAUCAAUUGGCAAAAACUUCGCAUGAAUGGGUUCUAAUUUUUGAACGUGGUACAACAGUAAGCAGAGAUAUGACUUGGUUUUUAAGGAAAUAUAAUUAUUGGCCAUCAUAUAAUAUUCCAUUUUUAAAGAAAAUUUCUGAUUUGGGUGGAUUUACUGAAAAAGCAAAUAUUAAUAAUUGGUGGCGUUGGGGUUAUUCACCUAGAGCUAAAAUAUUUCAAAGAGAUCAUAAUAAAGUUAAAGAUAUGGAAACAUUAAGGGAAUUAAUGAGAUAUAAUGAUUACAAACACGAUGAAUAUUCAAAAUGUAAAUGUGACCCACCAUACACAGCAGAUGGAGGUAUUUCUACAAGAAGUGAUUUAAAUCCAUUAAAUGGAACUUGGGAAUUACCAGAUAUGGGGUUUAAAAAUGAAGGAACUAUCGACUAUAAAGGAACUAAUUAUAAACUUUUUAAUAAAUUUCAAUUCGAAGUAAUUGGAGGUCCAAUUUAUGGAGGUCCAAGUAAUUUACCUCCUUUCAGUUGGAAAAAUACAACAAUUGAUGCUUUACAUUAUGGCCAACCAAUUAUUUGGAAAUUCAAAAAUUUUACGAUUGAAUGGCAAACAGAACUUGAAUAA